UAUUAUUAUUGACUAACAAAAGCCAAUACACCUCAUAUUCGCGCUAUUUUAUUCACCAGAUUUUUACUCCAGUGAGUUAGCAGAAAAAAAAAAACGUGUUUGUAAACAUGACAUCUAAUUCAGAAUCUAAGGCAGCAGAGGCCGUGUCCUACGCUAGUGUACCCGCCUCUGACGAAAAGUCAAAUGGAAACGAAGAGGAAAACACAAUUCGUGGAAACUGGGGCAAGAAGCUGGACUUCAUGUUAUCAUGCAUCGGAUACGCCGUGGGAUUAGGAAACAUAUGGCGAUUUCCAUAUUUGGCAUACUCCAACGGCGGAGGUGCAUUUUUGUUCCCGUACAUCAUCAUGUUGCUGUGUGCUGGGUUGCCUUUAUUUUUUCUGGAGUUGUCUUUUGGACAAUUCGCAAGCUUGGGAGCUAUAAGCAUCUGGAAAAUUAGUCCAAUUUUCAAAGGUCUAGGAUGGGGGAUGACCAUUAUUACCGCUAUGGUAUGUUGUUAUUACAACACCAUCAUCGCCUACAUCAUUUUCUAUCUCUUCGCCUCGAUGACGUCCGAACUUCCGUGGGCCACUUGCGGGCAUGAGUGGAAUACUGACCUAUGUUCUCUGAAUGGGACCUUGAUAAACGAAAAUGGCACCCACACGCAUUCUAACGAUUCUGUACGCCCCAGCAUAGAAUAUUGGAAUAAACGUGUCCUUCAUCGUUCAUCUGGGAUUGAGGAACUCGGAAGUGUACGAUGGGAUCUGUGUUUGUGUCUUCUGCUGGCAUGGAUUGUCGUUUUCCUCUGUAUCGCAAAGGGUGUGAAGUCAUCUGGAAAGGUUGUGUACUUUACAGCUACUUUCCCAUAUAUAGUACUUUUAAUAUUGUUCUUUCGUGGGAUUACACUACCUGGUGCAUUUGAUGGUAUACUGUACUUUGUAAAGCCAAAUUUCACACUUCUAAAGGAUCCAAAGGUGUGGAAGGAUGCUGCUUCGCAAAUUUUUUACUCUCUCGGUGUUGCAUGGGGAAGCCUCCACACGUUGUCCAGCUACAACAAGUUCCACAACAACUGCCAUCGGGACGCAUUAAUCGUCGCUUUCACCAACUGCGGUACCAGCAUAUUUGCUGGGUUUGUCAUUUUUUCUGUCAUUGGUUUCAUGGCCCAUGACGCUGGACUGGACAUUAGCAAGGUUGCCAGUAAUGGACCUGGACUCGCUUUUGUUGCGUACCCUGAAGCUGUUGCUAGGAUGCCAUAUUCCCCACUCUGGUCGUUCCUAUUUUUCUUCAUGUUAUUCACACUUGGAUUGGAUAGUCAGUUUGUAAUGAUGGAAACAGUAAUCACGGCGUUUUGCGAUGAACUUUCAACUGUAAUCAAGGACAUGAAAUCCAAGAAAAUUUGGUUCACAUUAGGAUUUUGUGUUGUUGGCUUCUUGCUGGGAAUACCCCAUGUAACCGAGGGAGGAAUUUAUUUACUGACAUUAAUGGACAACUACUCUGCUGGAUUCUCCCUUCUGUUGAUUGCAUUUGUGGAAUUAAUAGUUAUAUGUUAUGUUUACGGUAUUUCGAGGUACACAGAAGACAUUAGUAUUAUGCUUGGUUUCACUCCAAACAUUUACUGGAAAGUAUCUUGGUUAUUUAUCACUCCGUUAGUGACAGCAUUUAUCUUUGUGUUCUUUUGUGUCGGAUAUGCUCCAUUGAAAUACGAAGGAGAAUACGAGUUUCCACCGGCAGCAGAGGCACUUGGAUGGCUUAUGGUAAUAGCUUCGUUAGUGCCAACUCCACUCAUCGCAGGUCUAGAAAUUUAUAAGUCUAAAGGAUCAUUAUUAGAGAGAGUACAACGAUCAGCUCAACCAGAUUCUGAAUGGGGACCAUUUCUUAACAAACAUCGCCGUGAGUUACGUUACCCGGAGAUUGAAGGGCGUGGUGAUUAUGAUGAGAACACUGUACCCCUUUCAUCACCCCCAUCUUACUACACAGCCAUUAACUGUGUCGAUUCUCCCGUAUAAGAUUGAGUCAAAAAUGAAAAUGGUUCUAAAAGCUAGCUGACAGAAUUGAGAACACACCCGAAUGUAAAAUGAUGAUGUUGUCUGAGGACAUUACUUGCGUAAAGACAAACAACGUACGCAGGCUAGUUGAAUUGUUUAGCUAGUUCACUACAUUUAGUGAGGUAUCUAAGGUGUUGGUGGCGAGUAGACUCAGCUUUUCCAAAUUUCAAAUCAAUGUUUCCAAAUGAGACGCAUGCGCUACAUGUACGUAGGCCUUCGUUGCGUGAAACCGGAGCUGAUUGCUAUGUAUCUCACAGAUAUUUUAUAGUACACAGUAUCUGUGUGUUAUGUUUGUACUGUACUGGCUUAGGUUAUGUUUAAAUUUUCAUACACAUGUAAAUUAGGUUGUACGCCGACUGUGUUGCAUGUGAUUAGAAAUACAUGGCUAAAAUAAUCUUGCCCAUACCUUGGAAGAAUACUGAACAAACUUUUUUUUUUGUAAGAUAUGAUGUAAAAUUAAUGAAUUUUAAGCUGCAGUAAAAGAAACAAUAUAAAACUAAUUUAAAAUGAAUAAGUACUUUAAUUAUGAACAAUGCAGGGUAAUGAUCUGCAGUUAUUUGAAAUGCAAUAUUAUUAAUUUAAUAUUAUUAAAUUAAUAAAUUAAUAAAUUAAAUACUUAAUUAAAUAAGAAUCCAUCAGCUAUAAUAAGAAGUUAUGUCAAAAAUUCUUGACAGUGUGUUCUACAUUUAAGAGUACCACAAGUAUACACAAAUGAAACGUCAAUUUUUAGCUUUGCUACCGAGUUGGAAGCGAUGAGGGCCACAGACUAAGUGUCUAGUUAAGUCGUGCGAGUUGGCGUCCCUAAGCAUACCUACCUGGCCAAUCAACGGAUGCGAUACAACUAAUUAGGUAUAUUUAAUGACCAUACAUGCCACUUGCUUUAAUGAAACUUGCUCACCAUUGGUAAUUAACACCAAUUAACACACACACACCUUGUUACCACAAAGGUGUGGUGUUACUUAUGGCUUUGAUACUAAUUUAUACAAAAAAUAACGAUAAAAAACAUUAAUUUUUGUCAUAAUUUAAUUAAUGUAAACCCUAAUCUAGUCGCUUCGAGUCGACUAAAGGAACAUAAAUUUGAUGCUUGAAAAAAAGUGCUUGCUACAUGUACGAUCAUUAGGCCUACCCAGAAAUAAUAAAUACAAAAAAAAAUAAUGACAAAAUGCUGUGAGCCUGACUGUGGAUAUGUACAUAAAUAUUAGAAUUUACCCAAAACUACCCCAACCCCACCCGAUUAAAAAAAAACUAACGUGAUAUUGCAUCCAUCGCGAAGGCUGAUUUUAAUGUUAAAUUUUUAAUAUAUUCUUUUCUUUACAUAUUUGCAGUACAGUACUUUACUCUAGCUGUAAAUUGAAUAUCAAACUUUGGGUGCAUUUUAGUUACCUAGGGGGAUCUAAAUGUUACCAAUUAUUCUCUAUUGGCUUAUAAAUAAUAUAGACCUUUCAGGUAAUGCCGGGCACACACUCCGUCGUCUAACGACCGUUUUCCGAAGAAUCAUCCACCUCCGCUGUCUGUGUGAGCGGAUUAAGAAACCACACUGACUUCUUAUUUGCGAUGGUAGUCUGAACAGAUCGUCACAAAUAAUCCGUCACGCGCCUCAUCAAGUUGCCUUCUCCAUGAAAUCACACCGGUCCACACCGGCGAAGUGUAUGCCCGAUUUGAACCCGCCACUUGGAUGUUGUUGCUAAGAUCCCACAAAACGUCAGUGUAAACGUACGUAAACACAUCUGUUUUUGUGCCUAUGUCCUCUCGAGGGUAAAGACUCUAUGUUGUCGUCUGGCAGUAAAAGAUGGCUGAAAAUGGUAAAUCCGGUGGAGGUAAGUCAUCUGCCAUCUUAAGUACUUUAUUACUGAAAAAAGGUCAUAAAAAAUACACCACACAUUUCCUGCUAACCGAAUCCCAUGCGGAUAUUUUAUUAGUAAAUAUAAUACAGUAGGGCAGUAUAGGGCAUAGACACACUAUUUGUGUGACUGUUAUAGGUGUUUUGGUACAAUUGCACAUUCAUGUCCUGAUUGGUCAGUUUUUAAGUUUGUUUGACACUCCGAAAGGUCGUUUUGUCUCUUCUAUUACUGUAAGCUUAUUGCAAUAAAUAAUAGAGUCAAGUAAA